AUGAGCAAGGUCGAGAACAUGGAUCCUGUCUGGGACGACCUCGAUAGGACUAUGGGCCAACUGUUCAUGAUGGGCUUCGAUGGCACCUCGGUCACUCCCCACAUUCGUACACUGAUUGAGGAACAUCAUGUUGGCUGCAUACUACUUACUGCCAAGAAUUUGAAAUCGGCCGAAGAUACUACCCAGCUUAUCUAUGAGCUACAGAAGAUUGCUCACGAUGCGGGCCACCCUGUUCCUCUGGCCAUUGGGAUCGAUCAGGAAAAUGGCGGCGUUAACAGUCUUUUCGAUGACAUCUACAUCCGCCAAUAUCCCAGUAACAUGGGAAUGGCAGCAACAGGCUCGACCGAGUUGGCUUUCGAAGUAGCCAAGGCGACUGCACAGGAGAUUGCUGCGUGUGGCAUUAACUGGAUCUUCGGUCCGUGUCUGGAUGUACUCACCAAUGCACGCAACCAGCCUUUAGGGGUAAGGACGGCUGGUGACGAUCCCCAGGAAGUCUCUGCCUUUGGCUGCGCCUUCAUGGCAGGCUACAAGGACGCCGGGGUGGUGACUUUGGGUAAACACUUUCCUUCUUACGGUAAUCUGGAGUUUCUAGGCUCAACACUUGACGUUCCGAUCAUCACAGAAUCCUUAGAGCAACUUAGCCUAAGCGCUCUGAUACCGUUCAAGAAGGCCAUUGAGAGGGGCCUUGAUUCCAUGAUGGUUGGUGGCUGCGCCAUGUCAUCAGCUGGACUGAAUGCGAUGCAUGCUUGUUUGUCUGAGCAAGUUGUCGACGAACUUCUUCGAACAGACCUGAAGUUUGAUGGUGUCGUGGUCUCGGAGUGUUUGGAGAUGGAUGCUCUCAGUCACAACAUUGGUGUAGGCGGCGGCACAGUGAUGGCGGUCAAUGCGGGCUGCGAUGUGGUACUUUUAUGUCGAUCCUUCUCGCUUCAACAAGAAGGGCUGAAAGGCCUCAAGACUGGCAUCGAGACGGAGAUGGUCUCGAAAGAGCGCAUUUUCAAUUCACUCAGACGCGUGCUAGCCAUGAAGAAGAAGUGCACAUCAUGGGAAAAAGCCUUGAACCCGCCGGGCAUCAACUACCUGGAAAAGCUACAGCCUUCGCAUACUGCACUAUCGACCAAAGCGUACAACAGCUCCAUCACAGUCGUCCGAGAUAAGAAUAGACUGUUGCCGCUAACGAACAUACUUGAGAGCGAAGAAGAGCUUCUUCUGCUGACACCGCUUGUGAAGCCCUUGGCUGCAUCAGCGGCGUCACGAGCAAUAUCUGAUGCUGCUAACGGCGCGGCAGGCCACUCGCCAGAGCCUGCUGUAUGGGAUCGGAGCUCGUCAGUAAUGAGUGGGGAACGAGUCUUUAGAGAACUGGGCCGUUCUCUCGCCAGGCAACGCAAUGGGAGACUACUUCACACAUCUUACACUGCAAACGGUGUUCGCCCAGUCCAUGAAAAUCUCAUCAAUCGGGCAAGUGCAAUCAUCGUACUUACGGCUGACGCCAACCGGAAUCUGUACCAGCAUGGGUUUACCAAGCAUGUCUCAAUGAUUUGCAACAUGCAUUUCAAGCCCAUACGAUUUUGCGAUCGAUACAUCGAUUGGGACAUACAUAUGCAAGUAACAUCCAUUUAUGAAUUGCAUGUAAGAAAAACACUGACUUGUUACACCACAUUUGAAGGCACCUACGAUUUCACAGAGACAGCACUCAACUCCCUCGUCAGGGUACUGUAUGGUGAAUUGACUCCUUCUGGAACACUACCGGGCACUAUCAGCAAGAGCCAAAAGCUCCAUCCAAGCAAGCAACAUUGGCUAGUUGAGAUCUUCAACGAAGAGCGAGACGGAAACGCUCUGGACACAUUAGUCGCAGCUGUUGUCGAAAGCACAGCUCCUAGCCAACGGUCAGAGAUGGCAAGCGCGACGUCAAAUUCAUUCAUCCUGCACCACCCGGAAGUAGAAGAAUCACACUUCGUCGUCAGAAACAGCAGCACACAAGCACUCUAUGGAUUCUGCUCGACCUACUUCUUCAAGGCCACAGGCACCGGUGUCAUCGGGGCCCUGUUUGUAGAUCCAGCAAGGAGAAAGCUCUCGAUUGGUCAUUCGCUGCACAACCGAGCUAUUCGUACACUUUUGCAGAAGGAGGGUAUCAAGAGAUUCCAGCUUGGCUCACGCCUCCCAAGUAUGUAUCUUGGAAUCCCAACCGGACAUGGAAAUGAGCGCAAACGACUUCGAUCGUGGUUUGCUCAACUUGGCUGGGGUGCAGCACUUUCUCGUCCCGUCUGUAACAUGGUUGCACGCAAUUUGCAGACAUGGACUCCGCCCACUGGCAUGGCCAAGAGUCUAGCAAGUGCAGGAGCACAAUUUGACCUUGUGUACGGAUGGGAUUAUGCAGGACCUAUUCUUGACCAUAUCAAGACGAGCAAUCGCCAAGGCUUAGCGGAGGUGUACAAGCUUGCCCUCACAGACCCGACGGCUUGUGGUAUUAUUCGGGCAAAGCGACCAGAAGACGGCGCGUUGGUAGGUACUGUUGUGCUUUACAACAGCCACUCGCGACUUGCCGAGUACAUACCUCCGCUGAAGCACCUCAACGAGGCGGCUGGAGGUAUCUCCUCACCCGUCAUAUCACCUGGAGUAGGAGAGUACUCGACACUACUGCAGGGGCUGAUCCUUCUUGGCAUGCGGCAGAUCAAGCAGCUGGGGUGCAACGCAUGCUUGCUCGACUAUAUGGACGGAGACGGCAACUUCGACGGCUUUUCGGCAAUGGGAUUCGAUGUCAUGCAUAACUUUGAGGAAGUUAGCUGCGAUGCUGCGACAUGGACUAUGAUCCCGCCCGCGUGA